AUGCCGUUACAUUCCCUCAGCUACAUUGUAGGAACGCCGUUACAUUCCCUCAGCUACAUUGUAGGAACACCGUUACAUUCCCUCAGCUACAUUGUAGGAACGCCGUUACAUUCCCUCAGCUACAUUGUAGGAACGCCGUUACAUUCCCUCAGCUACAUUGUAGGAACACCGUUACAUUCUCUCAGCUACAUUGUAGGAACGCCGUUACAUUCCCUCAGCUACAUUGUAGGAACGCCGUUACAUUCCCUCAGCUACAUUGUAGGAACGCCGUUACAUUCCCUCAGCUACAUUGUAGGAGCGCCGUUACAUUCCCUCAGCUACAUUGUAGGAACGCCGUUACAUUCCCUCAGCUACAUUGUAGGAACGCCGUUACAUUCCCUCAGCUACAUUGUAGGAACGCCGUUACAUUCCCUCAGCUACAUUGUAGGAACACCGUUACAUUCCCUCAGCUACAUUGUAGGAACGCCGUUACAUUCCCUCAGCUACAUUGUAGGAACGCCGUUACAUUCCCUCAGCUACAUUGUAGGAACGCCGUUACAUUCCCUCAGCUACAUUGUAGGAACGCCGUUACAUUCCCUCAGCUACAUUGUAGGAACGCCGUUACAUUCCCUCAGGUACAUUGUAGGAACGCCGUUACAUUCCGUCAGCUGCAUUGUAGGAACGCCGUUACAUUCCGUCAGCUGCAUUGUAGGAACGCCGUUACAUUCCGUCAGCUGCAUUGUAGGAACGCCGUUACAUUCCGUCAGCUACAUUGUAGGAACGCCGUUACAUUCCGUCAGCUACAUUGUAGGAACGCCGUUACAUUCCGUCAGCUACAUUGUAGGAACACCGUUACAUUCCGUCAGCUACAUUGUAGGAACACCGUUACAUUCCGUCAGGUACAUUGUAGGAACACCGUUACAUUCCGUCAGCUACAUUGUAGGAACACCGUUACAUUCCGUCAGCUACAUUGUAGGAACACCGUUACAUUCCGUCAGCUACAUUGUAGGAACACCGUUACAUUCCGUCAGGUACAUUGUAGGAACAAUGUGUUUGUAUUUCUGGGGCAUUUUUGACAUUUAUGAGGGCGUGUUGUUUUUCUAACCAUUAAAAACAAUCUGUCUCAUCUAAUUAUGUCACAUGUUAAUCGAAUCAAUUCACUUAAUAAUUAAAUAAUAAUUAAGAUUUAUAAUUUUCAACUGAAUAACAAAAUG